GGUGACUAUGGGGAAUUAAAUCAUGACGCCCAUGAACGUCCUGUUACAGGCAGAUUGUCUACGUACUGUGGGCUCAUAUUAGCACGGGAAACUAAAUCGAUCUGGCACUGAAAGGGGGUACAGAUAUCUAUGAAACGGAGUAUUGGGGUAGACUACUUCUUUGCACGGCACAGGAAACCUCGUGUUAGUGGAUUAGGGAUCAGCGGUAACAUAAUAAGGAGGACUUUGAGUGAUAUGAAUUGAUAGUCACAAUUGCGUGCUGCGGAACGUAACAGAAAAGUAUAAUAGAUGUCAUUGUUGCAUGCGGUGCGCCUACGAAAACACCUUUUCGUGAGAGUUUUGAUGAUGGGAAGGGCAAACAAAGUAAACGUUCCCUGACAGUCCGUAGGCGCGAGCUCGAAUGUUCUCGAGCUGCGGCUAUUAAAGCAUCUUCUAGAUUGCGAAAAACCGCACGAUAUUAGAGUUCGAGUGAGUCAUGAACGUGUUGAACUCUAGUCAGAAGGUUACACGCAGUGUCCGCGCCGUCAGGACAUUACUGAGUCCUCCUGAUAUCCCUACUCCCGCGUUAUUACGCGCAAGAUCCAUACCAAACCAGCGUUUGGUGAAGGCGCUCGGUAUAUCGAGCACCUUUGUCAGUGAUGAUCCCGGCGUCCAUGACAACUUCACUCGCGAAGCGAAAGUCCUAAUAGGCGCUGUCAGCGCGAAAGAUGGAUGGUCAAGGCUCGUUGACGUCGCUGAAACCUGCGUGAACAGGUUCCUUGACGCAAAGAGCCUCGACUACGCCACCUUCGUGCAGUCUGUCACGCUCAGUGUCGUAUUGGCAGGUCUGCUGGGCACAGAUAUUGAAGAUCUUGACCCCGUGGACGUGGCAUUUGUGACAAAGGCCAUCAACGACCGUUGGGCACAAUCCAAAUCGAGCACUACUCUCACUACAGAAGUGCUCGAUCGCAUCAACCAUCACAUCAUCAGAUGGGUUCCAGACCGAACCAAUCCUCUCAAUCUCAUCAUCCCCGCAUAUGAAACAAUGUGGCGCGUAGCAGCAAUUGCGGUGGUAUAUUCUAACCGCGAUAGUCUGCUACGCGAUGCAUUUAUCUCAUACAACGAGAACCCCAUUGACGAUCAGUUCCGCGCCUUCGCAAACGAAGGGACAGGAGCGCAGCCUAGUGCAGAGGCCAUCAUCUGUGAGGUUCUCCGACUCCACCCCCCGACUCGUCACAUCACUCGUGCCGUGGUCGUCCCAUGGUGGAAGCGACCGUUCGUCCCAUCCAUAGAUGUGGCAGACAUCGAAGAGGCACACAAAUCGCCUCUCUUCGGAAAUGAUCCAGAAUCCUUCAAUCCUAUGCGGUUUCACGCGAGCCAUGCCGCUCCUAAAAGGGACCAGCUGUAUGCCUUUGGGCACGGAAAGCUGAAGUGCGUAGCGGCAAGCUGGGCACCACCAGCUGCAGCUGUCAUCACCGCGAAAAUCAUGGCCAAAUUGGAUGAUGUUGCGUUCAAGUUGCAGGAAGGACCAUGCAUUGGGAAAAGGGAAGGAUGGGAGGGUUGGUCGAUCCAAAGAGUAUAA